UUACAGAAGAGAGAAAGCUACCAUUCAAACCUCAAUAGAUGUAGAGAGAGAAACACGUUGAAUAAAUAAAAGUUGUAGAGAUAGAAACGUUGAAGAACAGGUCUAGAGAGAGAAAGCACGAGCUCCGUCCUUUUUCGGUCGACUGUAACACACGCGGGCAGGAAGUGGAGAAUAAACUCUGCAUGCAUCUCUCUAUCUCUCUCGAACUUUUGUUGAACAGUACUUUCUCUCUCUAAAUUAAAUCCUCAUUUAUUUUCUCACCCAACUUUCUCGCUCUAGAAUUAUGCUCUCUUUCUCUUCCACUCCCUGUGCUCCUGUCAUUGUCUUCUUCGUUUAUUUUCUAAACAAAGUAUUCAAACCAGUCGCUUUCUCUCUCUAGCCGACUUUCUUGGGUCUCUCUGUCCUGCAAUUUCCUUCCUCUUUGUUGGGGUUUUAGAGAGAGAAAAUAAAUGAUUUGUUUAGGUUUGGAGGUGUUUUGGCUCUUUCUCUCUCUAAAACAGGGAAGUUGAUGGACGAGGGGGAGUUUAGUGAGGGAGUUUAGAGAGAGAUGAAGGGGUGGAUGAUCGAGGGGAAGGAAAGAAGAGAAAUGAAACCCCUCCUAUUGAAGUUGGGUGUGGCCUUUGCCAUCUCAUUGGCUGGUUACCUCUACUCCCAUAUCAAGACCAGGAUCAAUCCACCACCUCCUCCAUCUACAGGGAAGGCACAAACGAGCAGAAGAGAAAGCGGGGGCCUUAAGGAGGAACUUCAGAUAUUGAAUUCCUCCACCACAUCAACUCCCUUGAAACAUGAAGAACAAGCCAGGAAACUUGACAACGCUGGUUUCUCACCAUGCAGCAAGAGUUCAGGGGAUGAGGAGGGCUUCCUAUUGCCUGAAUUCAAUGAGAUUGUAUUGCGUGAAUUUGGUGUUGCAGAGACAAACUUGGGCUCUUCAUGUAUCCCUCAAGCCAAAGACGGGAACACAAAACGGGCAGACAGCAAGGAGGAGAUGGGCUUUGAGCAAGAGAUAUGUCGGUUGAGGAAUCUUGUUCGUGUUCUUAGAGAGAGGGAGAGGAGCCUUGAGAUCCAAUUGCUCGAGUAUUAUGGCCUUAAAGAGGAGGAGACAGCAGUUCGAGAGCUUCAGAAUCGAUUGAAGAUCAACUCCAUGGAGGCCAAGCUUUUCUCUCUCAAGGUUGAGUCGCUGCAGGCUGAGAAUCGAAGGCUUCAAGCUCAGGCCUCCGACUAUUCAAGGGUCAUGGCUGAAGUUGAAUCAGCUAGAGCCAAGAUUAGGUUAUUGAAGAAGAAGAUUCGAGUAAAUGCAGAGCAAGCAAAAGAUCAGCUCUCGGUGAUGAAGCAGAGGGUUGAAAUGCUUCAAGCUAGAGAGCUUGAGGCCUCGAAAAAUGAUCAAGAAACAGUGAAGAAGUUGCAUAUGCUCAGGGAUUUGGAGGAUCAGAUCAUGGAAUCAAGGAGAGAGAAUGCCAGGUUGCAGCAUGAAAAUUCAGAGUUGAUGUUGAGAAUUGAGAGCGCUGAAGCCCUUGCUUCUACCUGUUUGGCUGAUCCAGAGGUGGGGGCAACGGAGGAAGCCAGCCUCUUGAGAGAGAAGAAUGAGAACCUGGCCAAGGAGUUAGAGAGACUCCAGACUGAUCGCUAUGCCGAUGUUGAGGAGCUCGUUUACCUACGCUGGGUCAACGCGUGUUUGCGCUAUGAGCUUCGAAAUUAUCAGCCAACUCCUGGUAAAACAGUGGCUCGAGACCUAAGCAAGAGCUUAAGCCCCAACUCCGAAGAGAAAGCCAAACAACUCAUAAUUGAAUACGCCGGGACUGGAAUUGAGGACAAGAUGGUUUCCCUGGAUUUUGAUUCUGGGGACUGCUCAUCUUCAUCCACUCUUACUGAGACAUGUGAAUUUGAUGACUCUUCUUUGGAUUCCCCUUCUGGUAGGCAGAGCAAUUCGGGCAAAACAAAGAGCAAGUUUUUUAACAAGUUGAAGAAGCUGGUGAGAGGAAAGGAUUGGUCGAGAGAGCCAUCUAUUGAGAGGGCUUCGACAAGCUGUGGUGCCUCAGAGAGAGGAGGGUCUCUUUCUGUUGCUUCUUUGGAUGAAAUUAUGGGCACGAAUUCAGGGGAGAGCGCAAUCUCUUGUAUUACAGGUGAACGUGUGCAGCUUGAGGGAACCAUAGUGAAUAACAAACCAAAGAGGGCAACUUGUAGAUCUCAAAGUAUGUCACUUCCUUCAUUAGAGAUAGACAGACAAAGGAAACUAAGCCUGGAUGAUAUGAGGGCAUUUACAUCCAAGCUGGGGAAUGUUGAUGCCAAUCCGGGUUAUGGAGUGGAUCGCUCAAAGAGUGUUGGUUUUUAUGAUAGUAGUGUGAUGGGUAUACAUCAAAGUGAUCACAUGGAUCAUGAUGCGAUUGCCCGAGAAAGAUUGGAACUGAAGAAGUUUGCUCAAGUUCUUAAGAACUCUCAUAGGGCGUCAUUCUCAUGAAGAACAACAUCAAUCAGAUCUUUUUAACGUUGAGAAAAUGCAUAAUAUGGUCUCAUCGAAGGCUCCAACCUUACAAGUUUAGUGCUAAAAUGUUAAAAAAAUACUCAUACAUCAUGGAAUACUGAGAAAAGGGAUUUUCCACUGGCGAUAUUUAUAUGCCUUUGUGGGGGAAACCAGAUUGGGCUCUUGAAAAAUUUGCAAUCUUAGUUAAGUCUGUGACUUGAAUCCCAUCACAUGCGGGAUUGGAAUUCUUAUGUACACAUUCAAGAUCCCUCCGAUGUAUAUAGAUCAUCCAUCGUAUUCAAUCAUUUGUUAUGUAUGUUAGUGCUACCUUUUAAACCAGCCUAGAAAUAUGUGCAAUAAUGUAAUCCUCAAAUCGAUGGUAUCAAAUGUACAAUUUAUCUGCCUUUGAGGCACGGGAGAAUUUUAUUUUUUUGAGGCUCGCAGAGUC